CAUGAGGACAGAUCAUACAUCUGCUCCACCUGCCAGAAAGUGAGACGCAGCAACAAGAUUUGGAGGAUCAACACUAACCCCAGAUCAGCCGCUCAGCAGCCUUCACUUCUGGGUGGCGUUGACCGUGGGGCACAAAGCAGAGCGUUUUGAUGCAGAAGGUGGAGCGUUGGUGGCGAUGUUUGCUGACUUGUGUUUUACAUGAAGCAAGAAGACUGGUGUUUGGACGUUUGUUACUGAAGAGGAAGUGCAGGGAGAAAAAAUGGAGGGGCAGAAUAAUGUCAACUUCAUGAGGCUCCUGUCAGAUGACAGCAGCCACUCCUCCCUGUCGUCAGACUCCUGUGAGUACUAUCAGAUGGAGAUAUUUGAUCAGCUGCCCAGCAUCCAGGCCAGCCGGCCCCAGCAGAACAUACGGCGUCUUAGCGAAGCCCCCAGGGCCUACCAGGGUGGCCCUGAGCUGGGGGAGCAGAUCAGCCAUGACCACCUGUCCAGAGGACCCAAGGAGAAGGCAUCUACUCAACCACUCAGGAACCUGGUCAUGUGUAUUCAGGGCAAGAGAGAUGCCAGGGACAGGAGGAAGAUGGAAAUCAGCAGUAUUGGUUUUUGGGAGUCCUGGAGGCGGAGCCAGAGCAUCAACAGGAAGAGGGUUUGGGCACAGAUGGGAGGAGCUUUUUCGGGCCUGUUACUAUGGCGGCACACUCUCCACGCCAUCGAAGGCAGGUUUGGAGUAGCCGUGAAGGCUUACUUUGUUUUCCUCAGAUAUCUGGUUUACUUGAACCUUCUUCACUGCGCCCUUAUGUUCGGUUUCAUUCUGGGGCCUACAACAUUUUAUGGCAGGAGCAACAGCAGUGAACCUUUGAGGUUUGGAGGCAAUGACUCUUUUUUGGAUUUCUUCCUGGGUUCGGGCUACCUGGAUCGCUCUCCGGUCUUCUUUGGUUUCUAUACUCGCGGUUCCCUGAACUUGCCGUGCUUGAAUACACCUCUGCUGUACCUGGCCGGAAUCCUCACCAUCCUCCUCCUCAGUCUCAUCAUGGUGGUCCGCAGAACGAUAGUUGGCUACAAGCACACCUGGAUGCUCGGGAAGCGCUACAGUAUGAAUGUGAGCUUUAAGAUCUUUUGCGGCUGGGACUUCACCAUCCAGGACCCUGCCUCUGCUGCUCUCAAACGCAGCUUCAUCAGAAACGACCUGAAGCUGUUCCUGGAGGAGCAGAACUUCUCCCUGCGCGAGUCUCAGAGGACGCUCGGACAGAGGGUGCGUCUCUACCUGCUCAGGUUUGUCCUGAACCUACUCGUUCUGUCUCUGCUGGUUGCAGCUUUCUGCCUCAUCUACUUCGCCACGAACACGUCACAGUAUGAGAGUGGGCACUACUGGUUGGUCAGUCUGGUCCUCCAGUACCUCCCUCCCAUCACCAUCACCUUUGUCAACCUGCUCCUCCCUCAUGUGUUCCGCAAGAUCUCAUCUUUUGAAGACUACUCUUUCACCAUGCAGGUCAAUGCCACGCUUGUGAGGAGCAUCUUCUUGAAGCUGGCCUCACUGGGGAUCUACUUAUUUUUCGUCUUCACAACAAUAGAACAUCAGCAAUGCAGGGAGAACAAGUUUGGUAGAGAGAUGUACAAGCUGUGCAUCUUCAACUUCCUCGCCACUUUCUCCAGCGCCUUUCUCUUGAGCUACCCCAGGAAGUUACUGCAGGAGAAGUACCCCUCCUCCUUGCCAGCCCGAUUGUCAGGCAAACAGCGCUUUCUGAUUCCUUUCAAUGUCUUGGACCUGGUGUACAGUCAGACAGUGUGCUGGGUGGGAGUCUACUACUGCCCCCUGCUGCCUCUCAUAGGAACUGUCACGCUGAUAGCCACGUUCUACAUCAACAAGUUCGUGGUCCUGCGGUGCUGUGUGGCAGAGCAGAGGAUGUUUCGAGCCUCCAGCUCCUCCGUUUUAUUCCACUUCAUGUUGCUGCUCGGGCUCCUCAUGGCUGCAGUCACACUGGGCUACAACUUCUACCAGCAAGAAGUCACACCGGACAUAAAUAUGUCGUCCUGUGGUCCAUUUGGAAAUGGAGAAACUGUGUUUAACGUGACAGGAGUGUGUGUAGCCAGCCUCCCAAGCCCGGCACAGACCGCUCUCCGCUACCUGUCCUCUGAGGCCUUCGCCCUGCCGCUCAUACUAACAGAAGUCAUCAUCUUAACCUCAUAUGUGUCACGGCGACGAGCCAAUCAGAAGGCCAUUGAGAGACUGAAAGACAUGCUGGUUAUGAGCAGCUCAGAUAAGCGUUUUCUGGUGAAGCAGCACGCCACGUUACUCAGACGUCAGAGAAACACCCCCAGAGUCCGUCCUGCAGCCAUACAAGAGGACCCCCCCUGCGCGAAUACAAACUGAUUCAAGUCCCCACAAUGU